GAAGUUAUAGUUUUGGAUUUCAUGUUUCUUGUCAUACUCAAAAAGACUGUUAUCGGAUGAUGGAUUCUGGUGGUUUCUAGUUAGAUUCAUGUAUUUCAAGCAAUUUCAUGCUUGUUGCUAUGACUUCCAUCUUGCAUUCUUUCCUGUUGUAGAUUCCAAAAGAAGGGUAAGAUAAAAGAUAGAGCAGUUACUGGACAAAAGCUUCCGAUGGGUAGUAGGUUAAAGGAUUUAUGUGCGUAUUACACAGAUGAGUAGUAGGUAUUAGAGUUAUCUGAGUUAGAUCCACUACAGGAUAUUUGUUUAUUAUUUCCAGUAACCUACUCUCAACCCAGAAUGCAGUCACAAGAUCUGCACUCCCCCAACUUUACAACAAGUUGUCAACAACCAGCCUCCAUAGUGUUUUAUAUAAUCUCUAAAGUGAUCAGGAGUAUCAGCUCUUUCUUUCUGAUCCCCUGCUCUGAUCACCCUGAUGGAGAAGAAAGGGCAAUGUGGCAUUUACGACUCUUUGCUUACGCAUCACCCGAUUCUCCUUAUCCUUGCCUUGUCUGUAGGUUUCAUAGUGGUUGACCCAUUUGACAUGGCUCCAGUGGGGGGUCAUGAGUUCAGACCUGUGAAGCACAAGAUUGCUCCAUACACGCGAGUCAUGGAAGAUUGGAAGAGGGACAACCUCAGCCGUUUGGCUCGUCAUGGGAAACUGGAGUUUGUGGACGAAGUCUUCGGUCCAGAGUCAUUGGAGUUUGAUAGUUUAGGCCGUGGUCCAUACACUGGUUUGGCUGAUGGAAGAAUAGUAAGAUGGAUGGGUGAAGCAACCGGAUGGGAGACCUUUGCAGCUGUGACAUCAAAUUGGUCAGAGAAGGCAUGUGCAAGAGGUGUUGAUUCAACCACACACAAGCAAUGGAAGCACGAGAAGCUGUGUGGCCGGCCCCUUGGCCUGAGGUUUGAUAAACAGACUGGAAAUUUGUUCAUUGCAGACGCUUACUAUGGUCUACUUGUAGUCGGUCCUGAAGGAGGACUUGCGACCUCUUUAUCUACACAUGUUGAAGGAAAGCCUAUACUUUUUGCCAAUGACCUUGACAUCCAUAAAAAUGGUUCCAUAUUCUUCACUGACACCAGCAAGAGAUACGAUAGAGUGAACCACUUCUUCAUAUUGUUGGAGGGAGAAGCAACAGGAAGGCUUCUAAGGUAUGAUCCACCUACCAAGACAACUCACAUUGUGUUGGAUGGGUUGGCUUUCCCCAAUGGAGUUCAGUUCUCCAAAGACCAAUCUUUCCUUCUCUACACCGAAACCACCAACUGCAGGUUGAUGAAAUACUGGGUGGAGGGUCCAAAGACGGGGGAAAUCGAGGUGGUGGUGGAUCUCCCGGGAUUCCCAGACAACGUGAGGAUGAACGAGAAGGGACAGUUCUGGGUUGCGAUAGAUUGUUGCAGAACACCAGCACAAGAGGUCCUGGCGAAAAACCCGUGGAUGAAGAGCAUAUACUUCAGGCUGCCGAUAAGGAUGAGCUUGACGGCAAAGGUGAUGGGGAUGAGGAUGUACACAGUAAUAUCGCUGUUGGAUGAGGAAGGGAAGAUCCUGGAAGUGCUCGAGGAUGCAGAAGGAGAGGUGAUGAAGCUUGUGAGUGAAGUGAGGGAGGUGCAAGGGAAGCUUUGGAUUGGGACAGUGGCUCAUAACCACAUUGCCACUCUGCCUUACCCUUUGCCCUUGGGUUAGGACCUGAAAUGACUCUGGAAACGUUGUGAUCUAGUCUUGUUUCUUGACUAUAUUAGAAAGAGAAAAAAAAAGACAGAUAAGGAGAACCAAGCUUUGUCCCACCAUUUCUUUUUUGUCAAACGACAACAACAAGCAUUUCCUAAGGACUGAAGGGUCUUGGAUUAGUUCAUAAGAUCUCCAUAGUCUUCAUGCAUGUUUCCAAGUAUAUCUCCGUUUUAUCUCUUUUUUCUUUCUUACAACAUAA